UAAGUCUCGGGCAGCUUGUACUGCGCGUGCGCGAGCUGUUGAGCCCUCCCGCGAGGAAGGUGCGUUCCCGAUUUGGGGUGGUCGCUGCUGGUUGCGGGAAAGUAAGUCUAACGCUGCACCAUGGCGUCCGUGGGGACCCUCGCCUUCGAUGAGUAUGGGCGCCCUUUUCUCAUCAUCAAGGAUCAGGAUCGCAAGUCUCGUCUCAUGGGCCUCGAGGCCCUCAAGUCUCAUAUAAUGGCAGCAAAGGCUGUAGCAAAUACCAUGAGAACAUCACUGGGACCAAAUGGGCUUGACAAGAUGAUGGUGGAUAAGGAUGGCGAUGUGACUGUGACUAAUGACGGUGCCACCAUUCUAAGCAUGAUGGAUGUCGAUCACCAGAUCGCCAAGCUGAUGGUCGAACUAUCCAAAUCACAGGAUGACGAAAUAGGAGAUGGAACCACAGGGGUGGUUGUCCUGGCUGGUGCCUUGUUGGAAGAAGCUGAACAGUUGCUGGACCGUGGGAUCCACCCCAUCAGGAUCGCUGACGGCUAUGAGCAGGCUGCCCGCAUUGCCAUUGAGCACCUGGACAAGAUCAGCGACAGCGUCCUCGUAGACCCCAACGACAUCGAGCCCCUGAUUCAGACUGCGAAGACCACUCUGGGCUCCAAAGUGGUGAACAGCUGUCACCGCCAGAUGGCCGAGAUCGCCGUGAACGCUGUCCUCACUGUUGCAGACAUGGAGCGGAGAGAUGUGGACUUCGAGCUCAUCAAAGUGGAAGGCAAAGUGGGCGGGAGGCUGGAGGACACAAAGCUUAUCAAGGGCGUAAUCGUGGACAAGGAUUUCAGCCACCCGCAGAUGCCAAAAAAAGUGGAGGAUGCUAAGAUUGCGAUUCUCACGUGUCCAUUUGAACCGCCUAAACCAAAGACGAAGCAUAAGCUGGAUGUGACCUCUGUAGAAGACUAUAAAGCCCUUCAGAAAUACGAGAAGGAGAAGUUUGAGGAAAUGAUCCAACAAAUUAAAGACACAGGCACUAACCUAGCUAUCUGCCAGUGGGGCUUUGAUGAUGAAGUGAAUCACUUACUUCUCCAGAAUAACCUGCCUGCAGUCCGCUGGGUAGGAGGCCCUGAAAUUGAGUUGAUCGCCAUUGCGACUGGAGGGCGGAUCGUCCCACGGUUCUCUGAGCUCACAGCUGAGAAGCUGGGCUUCGCUGGGCUCGUACAGGAGAUCUCAUUUGGGACAACUAAAGACAAAAUGCUGGUCAUCGAGAAGUGUAAGAACUCCAGAGCCGUCACCAUUUUCAUUAGAGGAGGAAAUAAGAUGAUUAUUGAAGAAGCAAAACGAUCCCUUCAUGAUGCCCUGUGUGUCAUCCGGAACCUGGUCCGCGACAACCGCGUGGUGUACGGAGGAGGUGCUGCCGAGAUAGCGUGCGCCUUGGCCGUUAGCCAAGAGGCAGAUAAGUGCCCGACCUUGGAGCAGUACGCCAUGAGGGCUUUUGCAGACGCGUUGGAGGUCAUCCCCAUGGCCCUUUCCGAAAACAGCGGCAUGAACCCCAUCCAAACUAUGACCGAAGUCCGAGCCAGACAAGUGAAGGAGAUGAAUCCUGCUCUUGGAAUUGACUGUCUGCACAAGGGCACAAACGAUAUGAAGCAACAACAUGUCAUCGAAACCUUGAUUGGAAAAAAGCAACAGAUCUCUCUUGCAACACAAAUGGUUAGAAUGAUUUUGAAGAUUGACGAUAUCCGUAAACCUGGAGAAUCUGAAGAAUAAAAACUGUAGGGUGAAAUGUAGUGAGAUCCACUACUGUGAGUAAAUAAAUGGGUGUCUUGUGAUGCA